CACUCUCAACCAUUCUCCAACAAUUUCCCUCUAAAAACAACUUUAAAAAAAUGACUUCAUCAUUUCAAUUCUUUACAUUCCCACUAUGCAUCUUACUCAUCCUCCAUUCCUCCACCACCUCCACCACCCUAUCCCAACCCACCGCCACCGCUCCUCCGCCAACCGGCCCCACCAACAUCACCAAAAUCCUCGAAAAAGCCAGCCAAUACACCGUCCUCCUCCGCCUCUUCCGCAUGACCCAACUCGGCGACCAAAUCAACACCCAACUCAACAACUCCGAUCAAGGGAUCACCCUUUUCGCUCCCACCGACAAUGCAUUUUCCGCCCUAAAACCCGGCCUCUUGAACUCCCUUUCCGACCAACAAAAGGUCGAAUUAGUACAAUUUCAUGUCGUCCCAAUGUUCCUCUCAACCUCGCAGUUUCAAACCGUUAGUAAUCCGUUAAGAACACAAGCUGGCGACACUACCCCUUACACGUUUCCUCUUAACAUAACCACCAACGGAAACCAAGUCAACAUAUCCACCGGAGUUGUUAAUGCCACCGUGGCAAACAGCAUCUACACCGAUGGUUCGCUUGCGGUGUAUCAAGUGGACACUGUGUUGUUACCCAUGAGGAUGUUUGGUCCUCCGGCGCCGGCACCGGUUCCUGUUCCGGCGAAAAAAAGUAAAAAAACUAACGCCGGUGAUGAUUCUCCGGCUGCUGAUGACGGUAGGGUUAGUGCUGACGUGUCAAGUGGGGUUGGUUUGAAUCAGAAUUUGCUAGGGUUUAUUGUGGGCCCUGCUGUCAUUGUGAUGUCUUGUUUGUGAAAUUGGACGGUUGUGAUUGUGCCAGAUUGGAUUACCGAAUUGGGUCCCACCUGUCGUUUUGUUUUUCUUAUUUUGUUUGCAACCUUUGUCAUCCUACAAUUUUUCUUGUAAUCCUUUACAGUGAGUAAAGUAAAAUUUAUUUACUUUAUUUAAUUUAUAGCUUC